UCAAAACUCCACGCUGCCACUCCAAGCCGCCAGAACUAUCGAAAACCCACAAACGCAAAACUCGAAUAUACGGAGACGCGCACUGUGAAAGAAACCCUAGCCCCCCCGACCACUCUCUGCCCCACCGCCGGCUUCUCAAUCGCCGGGUUCUGACUACACGCAAAAACCCUUUCUCUCACUCUCUAACAAACCUUCAAUUCUCAAUGGCAGCCAUGCUGCAACCUCAGAUCAUACUGCUGAAGGAAGGGACGGACACGUCCCAGGGGAAGCCGCAGCUGGUGAGCAACAUCAAUGCGUGCACGGUGGUGGCGGAUGCCGUCCGGACCACGCUGGGGCCGAGGGGAAUGGACAAGUUGAUUCACGACGAUAAAGGCAACACUACCAUUUCCAACGAUGGCGCCACUAUCAUGAAGCUUCUGGACAUUGUGCACCCUGCCGCCAAGAUCCUCGUUGACAUUGCCAAGUCCCAGGACUCCGAGGUUGGUGAUGGAACCACUACUGUAGUUUUGCUUGCAGCUGAGUUUUUAAAGGAGGCCAAGCCCUUCAUUGAGGAUGGGGUCCACUCUCAAAAUCUUAUACGAAGUUAUAGAACUGCAUCCAAUUUGGCAAUUGAGAAGGUAAAAGAAUUAGCUGUUAGUAUAGAAGGGAAAAGUCUCGAAGAGAAGAAAAGUUUGUUGGCUAAAUGUGCUGCUACAACACUCUCCUCAAAGCUUAUUGGAGGGGAAAAGGAGUUCUUUGCAUCAAUGGUUGUGGAUGCUGUCAUUGCAAUAGGGAAUGGUGACAGGCUAAAUUUGAUUGGAAUAAAGAAGGUUCCUGGAGGCACCAUGCGGGAUUCCUUUCUCGUAAAUGGUGUUGCCUUCAAGAAGACAUUUUCAUAUGCAGGUUUUGAGCAGCAACCAAAGAAAUUUCUCAAUCCUAAGAUACUGCUACUAAAUGUAGAAUUGGAGCUAAAAUCAGAAAAGGAAAAUGCUGAGAUAAGACUUUCAGAUCCCAUACAGUAUCAGUCAAUUGUUGAUGCAGAAUGGAAUAUUAUUUAUGACAAGUUGGAUAAAUGUGUGCAAAGUGGGGCCAAAAUUGUUCUUUCACGGUUGGCUAUUGGUGAUCUAGCCACACAGUAUUUUGCAGAUCGAGAUAUUUUUUGUGCUGGUCGUGUAGCUGAAGAGGAUUUACAGCGGGUGGCUGCUGCGACUGGUGGAAUGGUGCAAACAUCUGUGAAUAACAUUAUUGAUGAGGUUCUUGGGUCUUGUGAAAUUUUUGAAGAAAAGCAGGUUGGAAAUGAACGGUUUAAUAUAUUCAGUGGAUGCCCAUCUGGUCAUACUGCUACUAUUGUUCUUCGUGGUGGAGCUGAUCAGUUCAUUGAGGAAGCUGAGCGGAGUUUACAUGAUGCAAUUAUGAUUGUUAGAAGGGCAUUAAAGAAUUCUACCGUUGUUGCUGGUGGUGGUGCUAUAGAUAUGGAAAUAAGCCGAUACUUGAGGCAGCACGCACGUACAAUUGCUGGAAAAUCUCAGCUGUUUAUAAAUUCAUAUGCAAAAGCUCUUGAGGUUAUCCCACGUCAACUGUGUGAUAAUGCUGGAUUCGACGCAACUGAUGUGCUCAACAAAUUAAGACAGAAACAUGCACUGCCAUCUGGUGAGGGUGCACUCUAUGGAGUGGAUAUCAACACUGGCGGUAUUGCUGAUUCCUUCGCCAACUUUGUCUGGGAGCCAGCAGUUGUGAAGAUUAAUGCUAUAAAUGCUGCUACUGAGGCAGCUUGCCUCAUUUUAAGUGUAGAUGAGACAGUCAAAAACCCUAAGUCGGAGAGUGCACAGGGCGAAGCAGCUGCAAGUGCUAUGGCUGGUAGGGGUCGGGGUGGAGCUGCUUUCCGUGGUCGAGGACGAGGGAUGCGGAGGCGAUGAGCCUGUCAGAUUUAUGAAUCUAGGAAAGCUUUAUUGGAAUCAGCACAUUUGUCAAGGUUGGGUUUUCACAAUGCCAUUCUUAUUUCAGUUUGCAACAUGUUCGAGUUGUGCUUCUGUUUGAUUCUAUCCUACCUCGUGAGCUCCUUUAUCAACAUGUGAAUCUCGAGUGACUUUUUGACAGUUUCCAACUGAAGUUGAUAGGUGGCUCUCUGUAGUCGAGAUGUUCCGUUUUUAGUUGGCAAUAGUUGGGGUAAUGUUUUUUGUAGUUUAGAGUCUCAUUGGAGAAUAAAAGUUCUGAUGAGAUGAAGUCCACUUUGAUCCGUCUUUCUUCUCUUUUCUUUUACCUGGCUUUUCUAUAAUUUCGGCGAUGGACAUUACGUUGAAAAACGAUGCAUGCAUAGAAUGUUAUGGCAGUUUUGAUAUUUUUUU